UAACCCGCGUUCACUCUGUCAGCUGACCUCAACAUGCGUGUCUCCCAGGUGUUUGUGUUGGUCCUCGGGACCACAAUGUUUGGAUCGUCCUUUGGUCUUCACGUGCCCCCACACGACCAGGUAGCCCGGGUCGCGCGCUAUAUCGCCCAUCAGGUGGACUGGGGCUCCUUGGCCACCAUAUCUAGCCGCCCACCGGUGGUCGGUCAACCGUUCUCCAACGUCUUUUCGAUCAGUGACGGACCACCCGGCACUAGUUCCGGGGUGCCCUACAUGUACCUGACCCGAAUGGAGAUCUCCGUCCAGGACCUGAAGGUGAACCCACAGGCCUCGCUCUCCGUGUCUCUGGCUCAGACUGACUAUUGUCGCCAGCAAGGCUAUGACCCUCAGAGCCCCUUGUGCUGUCACAUUAUAUUUUCUGGAUCUGUCUUGGAGAUCAAUGGGACUGAGGCAGAUUUUGCCAAGAAGGCUUUGUUCACCCGGCAUCCUGAGAUGAUUGAUUGGCCUUCUGACCAUAACUGGUUCUUCAGCAAGUUCAACAUCACCCAGGUUUGGGUGCUGGAUUAUUUUGGUGGCGUGAAGAUGGUGAGUCCAGUAGAGUACUUUCAAGCAACUCCAUUCAGGAAGCAUCACUGACGCCCUCGCUGAUGGAUGGCUGGUUUCAUGAUGGAGAUGGAUAAUGGGAUGGACACAAGUUGAUGGCAUUUUUAUUAUGAAAAAGUUGUGGUGUGAACCUUGUAUGCUGAGUGCUGCCGCUUCAAAAAAAAAAAAAAAUUCAGUAAAGUUUUGUAUUUAAAAACACAAAGUCCUGAGGGAGAUGUGCCUUAUUGUCACGUUUUUUAUAAUUGUGGUGAGUGAAUUUAGAAUUCAACAUUGAAACUGCCUUGUAUGCAUUUGUCUUUGUUUGUGAAACAAAUAAUAAUCAUAUUUUUAUCAUGAUUGAGGUGAAUAAUGUAUAUGAAAGCGUGGGAAAUGCUGUUUUAAGAAGGUUGAUGCCUUCACUUGUCAUGUUUGCUGUAUGUAUUGUAUGUAAUGAAACAAAAGCAUGAAAAUGUGUGUAAAUGUUUAAUAAAAUGAAAUCAUUGAACUGAAUAUAUAAAUUAUUCACUGAAGUAGUAUAUUAGAAAAAAAAAAUCAAUCAAUCAAGCAGGAGUCACCAAACUGUUACAAAAAGGGCUGCAUUGGACGCAGGUUUUUGGUCCAACCAGUCAAGCACACACAGCUUCACCAACCAGAUAAUCUGUCAUCAAUGACUGUCAGUCAGCUGCUGCUACUUUCAGAGCAAAAACCACCGCGAGUGAACCCUGCUGUAAAGUCACAUGAUCAGGAGUUUUGCGAGCUGACAGAUGUGAAAAUUAAAAUGACACUUUCGUCUUUGUCUGCUGACUUG